GAAGAGGAGGAGCGGGGCCCGGAGGAUCCGCCAGAGUCGCUGCGGCCGCGGCUGCCGGUGUUUGCGGGUCGCGGGGAGCCGGGCGUGGCGGGCGGGGAGUGUCGCGAUGCCGGAACUGGCGGUGCAGAAGGUGGUGGUCCACCCCCUGGUGCUGCUCAGUGUGGUGGAUCAUUUCAAUCGAAUAGGCAAGGUUGGAAAUCAGAAGCGUGUUGUUGGUGUGCUUUUGGGGUCAUGGCAAAAGAAAGUACUUGAUGUAUCCAACAGUUUUGCAGUCCCUUUUGAUGAAGAUGACAAAGAUGAUUCUGUCUGGUUUUUAGACCAUGAUUAUUUGGAAAACAUGUAUGGAAUGUUUAAGAAAGUCAAUGCCAGAGAAAGAAUAGUUGGAUGGUACCACACGGGCCCUAAACUACACAAGAAUGACAUCGCCAUCAAUGAACUCAUGAAAAGAUACUGCCCCAACUCAGUAUUGGUCAUUAUUGACGUGAAGCCAAAGGACCUGGGACUACCCACAGAAGCAUAUAUUUCAGUGGAAGAAGUUCAUGACGAUGGAACUCCGACCUCGAAAACAUUUGAGCACGUGACCAGUGAAAUUGGAGCAGAGGAAGCGGAGGAAGUUGGAGUUGAACACUUGUUACGAGACAUCAAAGACACUACAGUGGGCACUCUUUCCCAGCGGAUCACAAACCAGGUCCAUGGUUUGAAGGGACUAAACUCCAAGCUUCUGGACAUCAGGAGCUACCUGGAGAAAGUGGCCACUGGCAAGCUGCCUAUCAACCACCAGAUUAUCUACCAGCUGCAGGACGUCUUCAACCUGCUGCCAGAUGUCAGCCUGCAGGAGUUUGUCAAGGCCUUUUACCUGAAGACAAACGACCAGAUGGUGGUGGUGUACUUGGCCUCCCUGAUCAGGUCUGUGGUCGCGCUUCACAACCUCAUCAACAACAAAAUUGCCAACCGGGAUGCGGAGAAGAAAGAAGGGCAGGAAAAAGAAGAGAGCAAAAAAGAUAGAAAAGAUGACAAAGAGAAAGAGAAGGAAAAGAGUGAUGUAAAGAAAGAAGAGAAAAAGGAGAAAAAAUAAAACAUGUAGCCUUUUAAUUUGUAAAUUAAAAUCUUAUAAAC